AGAUAGAGUUCCUCAUUCAUUUGAUUAUCUAGGUUCACUUGAUUAGAAUCAAUAAGUUGAAUCAAUCAAGAUAGUCUACGCUCAUCUAGAUUGUUAAUUGAAAAACAAAACAGUUAACGUCAGUUUGUGGAGUGAUAUGGAUUAAUAUUAUUGGUCUAACGAUUUGAGGAAGAAAUGAAGAUAGUGUAUAACAUAAUUGCUGUGAUCUGCAUCAAUUCAGUGCAAGGCAUACUGAGCCCCAUAUUUCAUCGGAACUGGGAUCUGGUGAAUCCGGGAGACUGCGGUAUACAGCAUAAUAAGAAAACUUCUCAUAAUACAACAUUUGGCACACCGGUUAGGAACGGAGAAUAUCCUUGGGUGGUGCAUAUUACCGUACAGGUCAAUGAGACGGAAUUGAAAACGACUCGUGAUUGCUAUAAAUGCAGGGAACCAAGAAAGAUAACAAAUUGCAUGGGCACAAUUAUCACCAAACGAUAUGUUCUCACAGCAUCAAGCUGCUUCGAAAUAUUUGGCAACACUAGUGUAGACCCCAAAUCUGUCAGAGUAAGGGCUGGACUGGUAGGCAUGAAUAUUCUGUGUGGUAUCUACUCAAAAUGUUAUUCAGAUAAUGAUUACUUGGCUCAAUCAGUGUUUUUCUAUGAUCACAAUGCACCAGCAGAGGAGGGCCGUAAUAUUGCACUGAUUGAAGUAUCAAGAGAUUUCUAUUUCCAUGAGUAUGUGGCACCAAUUUGCCUCGAACAUAACUAUCUCUUGAAUAAAGACUAUGGAGCCGAAAAAGGAAUCAGGGUAUCUGGAUGGAAUCAUGAAACAGUGAGAGUGAAGAUAAACGAAGGGGAGUACAGUAAUCUUUUCUACUCAGAAGCGACUAUUUUCACGGAAGAAGAGAACGAUAAAAUCUAUAAAUUUUUGCCAGCCAAAUUCACAGGUGUAGAGAACUACCUGUCUUUCUUCUGCGUUGAAGGACUCCCACAUCAAACUCAACUCACUACGGACGUUGGAGGUCCAUUCGUCGUGAAGAAACUAGUUAAAGACGAUGAAGAGCGACGCUUUUACUUGUAUGGUAUUCUCUCAUUCAAGAUCAGCGUCCAUUAUCCUCCACAUCAAGGCACGGUUGAUGUCUACACCAAGGUCAGGAAUUAUUUCGAGUGGAUACUGGACACCAUUGAUGGUUAACAUUGAGAGUUAAGUGCAAAAGAGGCGCCCUAACUUCGCUUUAUAGGAAAACUAAAAGCCAGUCAUCCUUUUAUAAUCUAUUUUCAGUCAGUUGAUUAUAUUACACAGAUAAUAUAUCAUUGUAAUUUGGACUAUUUUGUGAGAACAGAAGCAAUAAGCAAUGUUCGUUUGAAUUUUGUGAGAACAGAAGCAAGAAGCAAUGUUCGUUUGAAGUGAUGUUCCUUGAAGACUCCCAAAUUCAUAUCAAUCGCUGACAGCCACCUCAGUCAACCAAUCGAUUAGCUUAAUCAGAUUGAUUAAUGAUUGUAUUUGUACAAAUAAUGUUUUGUGAGGAAUUUUAAAUAAAAAUUACAGAUUAUUCUCCGGAAA